AUGGCGGUGCAGCAGGGAAUGUCUGCCUCGGCCCAAGCUGCACUCCGCUUGCGGCGGCUGCUUGCGAAGCAGACGCAGGAGGUCAAGGAGAUGGAAGUCGAGCUGCAAGACCGUGAAGCAGAGCGCUUGCACUUACUGCAGCUUUUGAAGUACAAGGAGCAGAUCUUGCAGCAGGAGUCGUUUGCUACCGAGCGCCUUCGAGCAGCACUCUACUCUGCCAAGGGAUGCAAGCAGUACUACCUGAUGCUCUGCGUGCUCCGCUCCUGGCGCGAUGCCACUUUGCGGGCCAACAGUCGUCGGGGCUUGGCGCAAGCCAAGGAGCAGGGUGUUGAAGUGGUCCUGCGCCACGCCUGUGGUGCCUUGGCCAUGGGUCUGAGGCAGCUGGUCAACAGACGCAUCGCUGACGCCAUGCAUGAGCUUUGGCUACAUGCUGCAGCUAAGAGGCUGCAAUCUCCUCAGGAACCAAACCCCGCUUAUUGCAUUGCAAGCAGCGACAUGUUUGCCGGCCAGGUGAUUGAUUCAGAUUGGGCGUUGCAAUCAGAAGAGCCUUACAAGCUGGAUGAGGUUGCAGAGUAUGAAGCUCUGGUGGCACGACUGCACUCAGAGCUGCGCUGGGAGAGAUCACGGCGGGAGGCUUGUGACAAGGCCCUGGAGACUCUGCGAGGCUCGUACAGCCUGCUGCUGAGCAGGGCGUCUGCCCAGAAGAACAUACUCAAGGUGUAG